UACUUUUAUAUUUGCAAACAGAACAAUCUUAAUUCAAUUAAUUAACGCUUAUAAGAUUUAAUUCAAUUUUGGGCGUGUUUUUGUCCGAUUAAUAAUCGAGCAUCGGCUUGUUUCUGUUUCGCUCGAAAUUCGUUUUCGGAAUGCAUGUGAAGACGAGACGUACGUCCUGCAUUGUAGGAUAAAGGCGUAGCCAUUUUGAUUUUGACGAAUAUUGACAUACGUCUUGCAGUCUAGACAGAAAGUCAUUUGUUAGUGGUGGUUUGACAUGUAAACAUUUGCAAAUUUGCUAUAAAUUACACUUAUCGCUAUUUUGCUUACAAAUACGACUUUUGAAUUGUUGUGUUUAAUUGUGUGCGUGAAAAGCCGGCAUUUUUUUUCCAAGAAUUAUCGCUAGUUUUCUGUGAGUGCUUUUUUUUUGUUUUGUAAAUCAAGUUAACCUUGCCUGGUGUUUUUCUUUUACGAAAAAAAAAGUUCGAUAUGGUUUGCUACAAGUUGACCAAGUUUUGGAAAAGACGGAUCCAGAAUUUUGAAGUUUUUUGAAAUGAGCGUAAAAUGACAUGGAGUGUGGUGUGCAAGGCGGAAUGCUAAGCGUGCCACCAGGGGGUGAUAAUGGCCCCCAACCAACCCUACCGUCGACGUCACUGUUUGCACCCCCUGACACUGAUCAGGCCCAAUUUGAAGCUGACAAGAGAGCAGUUUACAAGCAUCCCUUAUUUCCCUUGUUAGCCCUUUUGUUCGAAAGAUGCGAAUUAGCGACCCAGUCGGCCGAUUCUCAGUCUAGCGAUGCAUUUAAUUUAGACAUUCAGGCGUUUGUUCAGCAUCAGGAACGGGAUAGGAAACCGUUUUUAGCAAAUGAACCCGAAAUAGACGGUUUAAUGAUCAAGGCGAUUCAGGUGUUACGAAUUCACCUUCUGGAACUGGAAAAGGUCCAGGAAUUAUGCAAAGACUUUUGCAAUCGAUACAUUACAUGUUUAAAAGGUAAGAUGCAGUCGGAAAACCUCCUUCGCUCCGACUAUCCCCAAGGUCCCACUGUGAUGAAUGGAAACUUGGAAACUAACAACAACAGCAUGCUGUCCCACGGGAACUCCGACAGUGGUUCAAAUUCGAACAGUCCCGUUCAGUACAACAGUGUGAACAAUAGUCAAGUUGUGUCGGCCCCAGGCGGUACUCCAACUCCCAUGGACCGUCCAGUAGAGGGGCACAACGGUUUCGGAGGUGGCCUGCACUAUUCUUCGACCCCUACACCUCCCCUUCAACAGCAGCAGCAGCAGCAGCACACUCCUUCCACCUGCAGCGAUCCCCUAGUGGUUCACGGGUCUACCCCGUUGUCGCAGAUAGGGGCGAACGUGUGUCCUCCACCGCCUCCUAGUGAUAGCUCGGGACAGGUUUCGCCCGCUCCAACAACCCCCGGCGGCUCCGAGGAGUGUGACAGCGAUUUUACCUCGCGAAUCGGGAGGAAACCGAAGAGGGGCGUUCUACCGAAACAGGCGACUAGCGUUAUGAGGUCGUGGCUGUUUCAGCAUCUCGUGCAUCCCUAUCCAACGGAAGAUGAGAAGAGGCAUAUAGCUGCUCAAACGAAUUUAACCCUGCUCCAAGUGAAUAAUUGGUUCAUUAACGCUAGGAGACGCAUAUUGCAGCCCAUGUUGGACGCAAGUGCCCCUAGCGAUAAUGGUAACAUAGGGACGUCACCCGUUCAUAAAAAGAAAAAGGUCCAAAACAAUAACCGUCGAUUUUGGCCUCAAGACUUCUCCGGGAUGCAACCCCAAUUAGACAGUGGUAUUCUGUCCAGUUCCGAUGACGAGGGUGAUUCGUAUAGCAGCGACGGGGAUGAGGGUAGUCUGGUAAUAGAUUCCGGCACCACUCAAAACAACGACGUCACCCAAAACGGCCACCGGGACGUAGACACGUUGACCUUUGCGAAUUCCGACUCGGAAAGGUCAUAAGCUAACGUAAUAAUAAAAGAGACAUUGGUAUCUAUCGAAAAUGAUAUACAUACAUACAUAUAAUCGGUUUACUAUUUCGACGAACCUCGUAUACGUAAUAUAUACCUCAUUUAGAAAUGUGCGGUUGAUACCCCUUUGGGAUCGGCCGUCGAAUUUUCAAGUAUACUACCCCUCGUGAAAAACACUGACCCAUUCCAGUAUUAAACAAAAAGAGUUCUUGUAAAUUAUUAUACGAUUAACUGUAAGUAUAUAUACGUAAAUAUUUUUAAUGUUUGUUACUGAUGUUCGGUCAUCUGACACUAGGAAAGUUUAAUUUAAUCACGGCAGGCGACGAUGCGUAUUUAAAUUAAACUGAUAGUUGGCUUGAGCGUUGCUCUUGAUGUGUAACCGUUCAAAAAAUAGUCAAAUUUCUUGUUUGACAGGCCCCGCGUCUUCCAUACAAACAACAGUCUUUUGUUAUUCGACUGUUUUUGUCACGCACUUUUGUUUUGUUUUUUUAUUACUGCAUUUUGAAAGAGGUUGUCAUAUGUCUUUCUGGUUUAUUUUUGGUGAUCGCUGCAUUUUAUUCUAUUAGGUAAAUUCAUUCCAAAAAAUAUUUAUUUUUGUUAUAUAUCAUAAGAAAGAUUAUUUUUUGAACUGAAUACGUUUGUAUACACACGUGGAACUUAUAUACGUAAUUAAACAAUAAAUAAAAAUUUUUCCAUCCAAUUUACUUUGAAUAACGAAAAAUAUAAUAAUUAUAUACAUGUGAAAAUAUUUUUCUUUAUAUGUAUCUAUAAAAAAAAGCUUAAAACACAUUACUGUUAAUGUAGGUCGUCUUCGCGAAAAUAUGUAUUUUAAGAGUUUUUACUGUGUCAUAUUUUCAGCUGACGACGAUGAGACAAAUUUUUCGGAUAUCUAUAUACAAGAACAAUUAUAUUUUGAGCUCACCAUCACUUGUUAUGCUUGAAAAGACAUAUUUAGAUUUUUUAGAUACCAUAGUAGGGAUCGUUUGCAAUUUUUAAAUAAAUAAUUGCAACAG